AUGGACUUCUCUCGUCCAAGGUCGAACAACCCCGACGCGUCCUCGCUCAUGGAAAUCAUCUCCAACCCGACCAAGGCUCAGCUCUACACCACCGUUGGCCCUGUUUCGCUCAUCCAAGCUCUGUCCGACAACAUCCGCCCUGCUCUGCUCGUCGCGGUUGUCUCCGUCUCCCUCUCCAUCGGCCUCGGCAUUGCCAGUGGCUCGACGCCACUAGCAGGACUCCGCACGGCGAUCUGGGGGGGACUUUUCUGCGGUGCCUUCGGUUCUUCUCCUUUCAAUAUCAUCGGGCCAGCUGGAGCGCUUGCUGGGCAACUCUCCAAGUACUCGUCGAUGUGGGGGCCUGACGUGCUGCCAUGGAUCGCCAUUUGCAGCGGGUUCCUGUGCGCCGUUAUCCUCAAGUUGAACCUGCAGAAGUACAUGCUGUUCAUGCCUAAGAGCGUGUUCGAGGGCUUCACGGUCGCCGUGGCCUUCGGGAUCGGGUUGAAGCAGAUCAACUACGCCUGCGGCCUGCACGGCCUGCACAAACACGAGCACUUCAUCGAGAACGUGUGGGAGUCCAUCAAGAACUUGCCGCACGCUCGGAUGUCUUCUCUCGCUCUCUUCGUCCCGGAGACCAUCCUCCUCUUCGUCCUCCUGAAGAAGGUGCCCAAGAUCCCCUGGAUGGUGAUUGUGCCGUUCGUCACCAUCAUCUUCGGCUAUGUAGCAUCUGGAGAGUCCGAAGGGUUUUCUCUCGACACCCUCAAGACUGAGUUCGGCGUGUUGACCAACGACAUCAUCGAGUUUCCGGAUUUCUCGGUCGUCGAAAGGAUCGCGAGCAACUUUGGCGCCUUCGCCUCCGCCUGCUUCUCUGUGUGCCUGGUUGCCGUCCUUGAGACGUUGAUCAGCGCCAAGAUAGCCGACUUCCGCGCUCACGACAACUUCCUGGGAUCCUUCGACGAGGGGAAGGAGCUGCGGGCGCUUGCUGGCGCGCAGGUCCUCUGCGGCCUCCUCGGGGGUCUUCCUCCUACCGGCGUUUUUGUGCGUACCAGCGUGAACCAACUCAACGGGGCGACGCACGUGCUGUCACAAUGGAUGAACGCCAUCUUCGUCAUGAUCAUCACGGUAGCGACUAUGCCUGUGUUCUCCUACCUGCCCCUCUCCUCCGUCGCCUCUAUCCUCGUCGUCAGUUCCGUCCGCAUGAUCCCGAUGCACUUCCUCCACGACCUCUGGAAGAACGACAAGAGCCACUUCGGCCUCUGCAUGUUCACCGCGGCCGUGGGGAUCUGGUCGGAUCCUGUUGAAGGCCUGCUGGGUGGGAUGCUGAUCGCUUUCCUCAUGGGCGCCAUGAGCUCCAACACAGCGAGCGGUGCCGUGGUGAUGGAGAAGUCGGAGGUGAUGUUGGACGGGGAGGAGCUUCCUGCGGGGAUCGUUCAGAUCACUGGGCCAGUCACGUACGCCAACGGGGAGGGAAUCAUGAAGCGGUCACUGGACGUCAUGGAGUUCAGCCCAGUCAUGUGCGUCCUCGACCUCUCGCGGGUGACUGAGAUGGACAUGGAUGGGGGUGAAGCCGUCGAGCGCCUCGUCGUGUCCCUGCAGAAGAGGAUGAAGAGCAACGCCCAGAACUUGACCGGAGGAGGGCAGGUCGCGUUCGUCGGCAUCCCCAACAGCAUCAAGCAUGUUUUGCAUUCUCAGCAUCACAUCAAGGAGGUGCUCGAAGGAAGAGACAGCUUCUCCACCGUCGCCGGAGCUCUCAAGCAGAUGUCACACGCCAUGUCCCGUGAGAUCAAUUUGGUCGUUGACCAGUCAGAGACGUUGAUCACCGCGAGUUUCAACUCUCAGUGCAUGGGAGGCUCGGACUAUCCUGUAGAGACCAAGCAGUAA